CCUCCCUCCCCGGUUGGUGAUUACUGAUGGCCCUCAGCUGGUCCGCACUCUGAUAAGCUCCGCUCCCCGCCCCUCCGCUCAUACUCAGCACAGGGAUGGCGGGGUUCCUGUACUCCCCGUACAGCGCUUACCAGCACUACGCUCCCCCGGCUCCGCAGCCUCCCGCCCGGAACAAGCAGGCCAGCUGGAAGUCCGGGAAGAGCGCGGAGCCCACCGACUACCUGGACAACCUACAGAGAGCCCAGCUGAAAGCCAUUUUGUCCCAGGUGAACCCCAACCUCACCCCCCGCCUGCGCCGGGCCAACACUAAAGAGGUAGGGGUGCAGGUGAACCCGCGGGUGGACACCGGAGUACAGUGCUCUCUGGGGCCCCGCACCCUCCGGAGACCCCCUCCUCCACCCCCGCCGCCCGAGGCUGUGCGAUUCACCCGCCCUCUGGCCGUCUAUUCCCCGGUACUGGAGCGCCGCCUCCUCUCUCUGCGUCCAACCGACUUCAAGAACAGCCAGAACGAGGAGCGUGGGGAGGAGCAAGAUGAGAGGGAGGCGGAGCAAGAGGCUGAACCGAGCGUGGAGAAGAGCGGAGACGACCACGAGGAGCUCAAAAGAUCCGCCUUCCAGUUCUUGGAACAAAAAUAUGGUUAUUUCCACUGCAAAGACUGUAAAACGCGAUGGGAGAGUGCAUAUGUCUGGUGCAUUUCUGGAAGCAACAAGGUUUAUUUUAAACAGCUAUGCCGAAAAUGCCAGACGGGUUACAAUCCUUACAGAGUGGAAGAGAUUCAGUGUCAGGCUUGUUCAAAGACGCGUUGCUCCUGUCCUCAAAAGAAAAGACACAUAGAUCUGAAGAGGCCUCACCGCCAGGAACUGUGUGGUCGCUGCAAAAAUAAAAGGCUCUCUUGUGACAACACUUACAGCUUUAAAUAUAUAGUCUGAUGUAGAGUGGCGCAUAGUAUUAUGACUGAAGAGCACUUUGUGGAGAUGGCACUGAAUCCUGGUUUUUGACCCCGGCACUGGAUAAUGGACUGAUUUUGUAUCUGUCUUGUAGUUUGUCAAUAUUUUGUAUACUAUGUAAAUAAAGUCUUUGACAGUAUAUUAAGAUUUUGA